AGUGAGCAAUAAGAGGACGGCGAACUCGAUUAGUCAGGCCUCGCGGCAAAAUGGCGGCCAACGCGACUACCAACCCGUCUCAGCUUCUGCCUCUUGGUAAUUGAAUGGCGGGCGCUCGUCUCUGAGCGGUGUAGCCGGGGGAGAGGGAUAAAGAGAGGGCGGGAGGGGAGGGGGAAAUGGGGUGGGGGAGAGGGGGGAGAAAUGGGUUGGGGCAGGGUGGGGGAGGGGAAAUGGGGUGAGGGAGAGGGGGGAAAUGGGGUGGGGGAGAGGGAGAAAUGAGGUGGGGGAGGGGAAAUGGAGUGGGCUGAGGGAGGGGGAAAUGGGGUGGGACAGGGAGGGGGAGGGGAGGGGGAAAUGGGGUGAGGGAGAGAGGGGAAACGGGGUGGGGGAGAGGGGGGGAAACGGGGUGGGGGAGGGAGGGAGAAAUGGGUUGGGGCAGGGUGGGGAGGAAAUGGGUGAGGAGGGGAAAUGGGGUGGGAGGGAGAAAUGAGGUGGGGGAAAUGGGGGCUGAGGAGGAGGGUGGGACAGGGAGGAGGAGGAGGAAAUGGGGUGAGGGGGGAAAUGGGUGGGGCAGGGUGGAGGAAAUGGGGUGAGGAGGGAAAUGGGGUGGGAGAGGGAAUGAGGUGGGGAGGGAAUGGGCUGAGGGAAAUGGGGUGGGACAGGGAGGGGGAGGGGAGGGGGAAAUGGGGUGGGGGAGAGAGGGGAAAUGGGGUGGGACAGGGAGGGGGAGGGGAGGGGGAAAUGGGGUGGGGUGGGGGAGAGAGGGGGGAGGAUGAGGGAGAUGAGAGGAGGUGUGGGGGGCAAGUGCAGCAUUUGUAUGUGUAGCAUCAUGGCCACAUACCUGGGGCAAAGUUACACACAGCAUGGAGACGUGGCACCAGAACUCAUGGGCAUCCAAUGAAACCGAAUGUUGGAAGAUUCGGGAUGGAUAAAAGGAAGCGUUUCUCCAUGCAGUGCAGUUAGUUCAACUGUGGAACUCGCUUCCACAGGAGGCAGCGGUGGCCCACAACUUGAACGGCUUCUAAAGAGGAUUGGACAGAUUCACGGACGAUAAUAAGCCUAGCAGUGGCUACUAAAUGCAGUGGCUGUGCUCUGCCUUCACAGCUGCAGCCAACAGUGCUCCUGAAUGCUAGUUUCUGAAAAGCAGGAAAGGUUCAGGACUGAAAUCACAUUAAAAUUUGAGGCUCCAGCAAUCUUUUUAUUAUGUAUAUGAUCAUAAUCAGCUCCCAACUGCAUCUUUUGAACUUUGGGAUUAUUUAAUUGACCCACUGGAUUUAUUUAAUGAUGUAAUAUGCUAGUGACCCCUGCUAUUAAGAUUGUUUUUAGUUUUGGAUACAGACUGUUUUGUAAAUGAAGUAUGUUUAAAAUCAUUGGUAACUGAAAACACAUCUUGAAGAAAGAGACAGUGCUCAUACAUUUGUACAUAAAUUAGUAACUACUAAUUAAAUGCUUUUUCUGAUUAACAGAGCUGGUGGACAAGUGCAUAGGCUCACGAAUUCACAUCGUGAUGAAAAGUGAUAAAGAAAUUGUUGGCACACUCCUAGGAUUUGAUGACUUUGUCAGUAUCCUUUACAGGGAAUAAUGUGGAGGCUUUUCACAGUUUGCUUUUUGGGAUGUGUGUGUGCGUUGUUGUUGGGUUUUUUUUGCAAGCAGCUGUUUAAAAUAACGUUCCCCUGGAAAGGGAGUUGUUCUGGUGUUUUGAAUUGGAUAAAAGUAGAUCUGCAUUUAGGUUCAUACCUUUGGUGAUGGUUUGCACUGCAACUGCAAGUUUAUUUGCAGCCACUGGGCUUCUGUGAUUACUGUGUCUGCAGUACUGACAGAUGGUGCCUGUACAUAAUGGAUGGGGUAUUAUAUCCUCCUCCUGCAGAUGCUGCUGGGCUAUAUCACCCCUCACAAUUGGCCAUGCUGAAUGGGACUGAUGGGAAUUGGAGUCCAACAAGAUCUCAGGUUCCCUACCUGUGUUGUACAUCAUUCUUCUAGGCUGCAAGCCUAGCACCUGUUGCACAUGCUCUGAGACACUUGUGUGACAGCCAUGUAUUCUAGGAACAGGACCUACAUCUUGAUAAUAUAAAUACACUGUUAGCCAUCUUGGAUAUCUACUCAUCUAAUGAAUGCAGGGGGAAAUGUGAAUCACUACUUUUGUAGUAACUUUUUCCUUGACAUCAGGCUUCAGACAUGGUAUUGGAAGAUGUUACAGAAUUGUAAGUAUGGCUGCUUCUGGCUUUCAAUCUCAGCGCAUUUUGUACCAACAGUUGUCUUUACUUUCACUCACUCUUCAGAACUUGCUCUCUUGACCUCUCCUAUACUUGCACAUAGGCUGACAAUAUUAGCUACUUUUGUGAGGCAUGCUGUAAUACUGUUCACCAGUUUUCAGAAAAAGCAGAGUGUAAUUCUCCUAAGGUGAGAGUGGAGCAUUAUAUUAGUGGUACAAGGCACCAGUUGGGGAACCCCCAAGGCUCAGAGCCCAGAAAUUGGUAGUGGGACUACGAUAAGGGGUCAGAGGGAAAAGAGGGAGCAGACUGAGAGGAGGUGGUGUUGGAAGUUGAAGAGGUGACAGGGUUUAGUGAGCAGGAAGAGCCUGUGGUAGAGAGCAGUCCAGAAUCGGGGCUGGAGAGGAGGGGGGCCAAGAAGCAGAUGAGGUGGACCUCUGAAGAAGCCCUCCUGUUGUGACCAGCUCCCCUCCCCCCUGGUCUCCCAGGACCAAAAGAAGUAUGAAGAGGGUGGAGCAGAGACAGACACAUCAAUGGAGUCUCAGAUUGCUUGGGAAGGAACCAGGGGAGGUGGAUACUUAGGCAGUGGGAAGGCAGGGACCUUCAGUCCUCACAACUGCCUCAUUGAGGCAAGAUCUACUGGGAAGAGUUUUUGUGUUCAUUAGGCCUGGUCUCCUGAGCUAUUUGUUUCUUUGAAGAAAGAGUUAACUUCAUUGAUGCUGUGUGAGUUAUUAUUAUCCUGCUCUUGGCACCUGCCCCCUGACACUGGGGUGCUCCUCUCUACAAAUCCCCAGUCUACUGUGGCAGCAUCUUUCAGAGGUACUCAUUCCUUACUUUUCUCGUUAGCUACUGUAUAAGGGUAUAAUUGCAACAACUUCCCUUCCCAUGCUAUUCUAGGAAAGUACCAAUUGCAGAACAAUGUAGGUAGGAUUGCUGCAAUUAUUUAUCUUACCAGUUUUCCCCUUCAGGGACAUUUGGAUGACUCUGGCAUGGAGACUAGCAGACUCUUAUCAGAUAAUGAAGACUUGAAUGAAAAAUAGUUUUCAUCAAACUUUCCAGUUUUGUAUCCUUUUUCUGUUUGUCUUGUGUUCAACAGUGAGAUCACACCUGAAGGACGAAGAAUUACAAAGCUAGACCAGAUUUUGCUAAAUGGAAAUAACAUAACAAUGGUAAGUAAUUAGUCUUACAUUUCUGUCCCUAGUUAAUUCCUGUUAACUAGGCCAAACUAGUUAACUGUGGAAGCUUGGUUAAUUCAGAAACUGAAACAGAAUCCAAUAAAAUGCCAAAAAAUUGAAGUGGUAUCCUAAAAAAGAACUGAGAUGUUGCAUGUUCUGAGUCAGGGAGGUGGAGAUAUGGCCUAUUUUGGGUGGGGGGUCUCAAUAAAUGUAAAACAAGCGAAUAUAAACUAUUCUAAUGUAAUUUAUUUACAGACACGUGUAUAUAAUCUUUUUUGACCUGAAAAAUUCAAGGUGGCUGAUACAAUGGCUUGCUUCACACAACAUGCUAAGCCUAACCCUGACUUGGUGAGAAUGUUGGGGGGGGGGGGGUCCCCAGAGGCAAGCUCCCAGCUGCCUUGCUGCUCCUUCAUCCUUUUUGCUGCCAAUAUUUGGUUUAGAUUACCAUCUGCACCAGAGCCUGCGGCUAAGUUCUCUCCCCAGUAACUGUAAGCUAUAACCAAGUGUGAACCUUGUUUGGCUUAGUGUGUUGUAUGAGCCAGACUGCAGUUGGUGGGAGGAAUCUUGUUAAUGCUUCUUCCACUACACUGCCUGAGACGGGUAGUCAGAGUGGCUCUGCCUGACAAGCCAACAGAACUGAUUUUGCUGGGCAUGUUUCUGUAGCUCCAUCCUUGAGAGAGGGUAGAAUGGUUGUACAUAACUUUUCUAGAUGAAAUGAUUAAGAUCUUCAUCUUCUCAUGUGAACUUUCUUUCAGCUGGUUCCCGGAGGAGAAGGACCAGAAGUGUAAAUAAAGUCAUAUGUCAUCAUUGAAGACUUCCUGUUAAAGCUUCUGUAGGAAUAUAUUGAUGAAACCUGAUGCGUUUUUUAUUUUUAUUUUUUACAUUUAUAUAAAGGCAAAUUUCCAUUUCAGGAAAAAUGCAUCGUUAACAAAGACUUUGUAAGUUAAAAUCAUGACUUUGUUGUAAAGGCAAAAUUAACUUGCUGUUCAGAGCAAGGCAAUAAAGAGGGUUUUUUUUUAAAAAAUAACUGUAUUGAACACAGUUGUUGUUUUUGUAACUCUGGCAUUUUAGAUGUCAGAUAAAACCAGGAAUUUUGAAUGGUUCUGGUUCAGGCUGCUUAGAGCACGUUAUGAGCUGGUUAUAAAUAUUGCUUACUUUUUAUCUAUAUCAUACAUGAGCUGGUUACGCUGUGGUUCAUAAUGUGUGGGGGAAUUGUUUUCUGAUGCAUUUCUCUCCAGCAUUCCUUCUUCGUCCCCACAGCCUAGAGUUUUAGGCUGUGAGAGCAAAUAUCUUGCUAAAAUACCUUGUGAUUUUAUUUCCUUUAGAUGAAAACAAAUGUUAACUGCUGUCAGGGAACUGCAGUCAGCAAGGGAGGAAAGAAUUAGAGGAUACAGGGAAUGAUCUCCACUGCUCAGUACUGAGUCCUCCUCAGAAGACAGAGAAGAGGAUAGUGAGUCUGGGGAGGAAGGGGUGCUUCAGAGAGAGGGGGAUCAACGUCACAGGGAAAAACGGAAGGGGCUGAGCCGUUGGUUGUGUUGGUCUCGAGUGCAACGCGUCAUGAGAGACGGAUCGCUUUGUUUAUUCUGCAUGUAAUCUUGUCAGAAGGAAAUAAAGAAAGGAAUUUAUGGCUGGCUGCCAGGAGUGUUUUCUCUGCUAAGUGCAGCAACGCAUGCAGCUGGCUAGCUGACAACUGCUCUGUAGGUUGAGAUAAAAAGAAGUAAAAGGAAGAGAUUUCUAUCGCCAAAUUCUUAUCAUAUUGUACCAAUUGCUCAAUAUCAUUCACCGUUAAAACACUAUUCUGCCUUGCCAUAGAAGUGGCUUAUCUACUUAAAAGAUGUUCUCAGGAACCAAAUAAAGUACAGUGGAUGCUUGGGUUGCGAACGUGAUCCGUGCGGGAUGCACAUUCGCAACCCGCAGUGGUGUGUCUGCGCACACAUGGGUGUGCACACAUUUGGCGCUUCUGCGCAUGCGCAAAGCGCAAUUUAGCGCUUCUACACAUGCACAACCACCAAUACCUGGAAGAAACCUGUACUUCCGGGUUUUGGCGGUCCGUAACCCGAAAAAACGCAACCUGAAGCAUCUGUAACCCGAGGUAUGGCUAUAUAUGGAUGGAAGAAAAUGUACCUGUAUCCUUUAAACAACAGACACCACAGUUAAUUCCUAUAAUAUUUAAAGCAAUUCCAAACUGGUCUCAGUACAAUGUUAUCAUUGUUCAUAGAACUGCUGAUUUGAAAGGCACCAUGAGGGUCAUCUAGUCCAACCCCCUUGCAGUGCAGGAAUCUUUUCAACAUAGGGCUCAAACCCACAACUGUGAGAUUUAAGAGUCUCAUGCUCUACCAGGGGUCAGCAAACUUUUUCAGCAGGGGGCUGGUCCACUGUCCCUCAGACCUUGUAGGGACCCGGAUUAUAUUUUGGGGGGAAAACCCCAAACGAAUUCCUAUGCCCCACAAAUAACCCAGAGAUGCAUUUUAAAUAAAAGCACACAUUCUACUCAUGUAAGAACACGCUGAUUCCCGGACUGUCCGUGGGCCGGAUUUAGAAGGCGAUUGGGCCAGAUCCGGCCCCCGGGCCUUAGUUUGCCUACCCAUGGAUUGAGAUAAAAUAAGCACAAAAAUCCUGGUCAUAUACGCUUACUCUGGAUUUAUUUAUUUUUAAGUAGCUUUCCACACAGAAACAAUGCAAAUAUUUCCUCUUAAAAAAUAUUACUGCAGUCAGUAUUUGAGAUUUUUUUUACAGUGUUUUAACAAAGCCAGCUUUCUAUUCCUAAAUGCAUUUACUUGGAAAUUGGUUUACUGACUACUGUGAUCUUCAGAUUUAAUGCUAAAGUUUUUUCCUUACAGUUGUGCUGCUCAGCUUACAUUUCUAGUUAACCGGAGGGAAUUGAGAGAGAAGCCUCGUCUGUAGACAGUUUGUGACAUUAGAAAAUAAUGAUAAGAAAGGUGAAGUUACUAUGCAGGAUAACUAGAGUUUAGUUUUCUAUAGAGACAAACAAUUAAACAGUUUUCAGACUUAAGAGCAUCUUUUAAAAAAUGCACUCAACAAGAUGUUAGAUCUUGCUGUAUGAAAUCCUGUCCUGCUUUAAUUAAGCAAAAUUUGCAAACUGAAGGAAGUUUAUCCUUGAAUUCUGUUCACUGUAUCUAUAGGCUUUGAAGCAGACUAGGAGGAGGUUGCCUCUGUCAGUACAAGGGGACUUCUUCUCACUGCCCUUCUGGUGGCAACCCUCCAUGUCCACUGAAAAGCCCUCCCAAAGAUUGACCUCAAAGCAUAGUGGGAUGGAACAAGGAAGGAAAAUUGGUGGGGGGAAACUCCUUCCCUGUAUGUGAAAGUGCCUUCAGAUCUAAGCUACAUUGGUUUCAUAUUGUAUUCUUUCCACUGGUAUUCUUUCCACUAGAGGGAGCCGAUGGAAGUUAGCAUUUUAACUGAACUACGGCAGCUUUAAAACAAUGCUCUUGAGUCUGAACCAUAAGAGAGUUCAUGGAAGUUUUGUCUUGCCCAAACUUGCAUAUAAAUCCAUUCAUGCUUCUUCCCGUAAUCUCCUGCUUAUGCUUAAUUGCUUCAUUAAAAUAUUUUCUUUGAAAAUUCAUACUUCUACU